AUGGCAUCGUCCAGCUGGGAUAGGGUGGGGCAGGCGGCGAGCGUGAUUCAGGUCACCGGCGUCGACGCGUUCGGCCUGGUGAACAUGAUCGUGCAGGCGGCGCACACCGCACGCCGCAACAGGGAUCUGUGCCAGCAGCUGGCCCAGCACGUUCUGAUCGUCGCCGAUCUGCUCCGGAAGCUGGACAUCCCGGCGCUCAGGCAGCACCUGGAGACGCGGAGGCCGCUGGAGCUGCUGGACGCCGCUCUUUUCCGUGCGUACAAGCUCGUCAGGUCCUGCGCCCAGCGACAAGAGAACACAAGCCAGAUCUAUCAGAUGUUUACUGGCGCGGAGGUGGCCUCCAAGCUUCGGCUGGCGCAGGAGGAGAUCGACCGCUACAUCAACCUAAUCCCCAUGAUCACCCUUGUUGCCGCCGUCGGCGCCCGGCAGGCUACCAAUGAGGUGCAUGAGGAUGGGAGCAAUGAUGCUGCCCCAACUCAAAGCAGGUUGCCUGAGUAUGUAAUUAAAUUAUUUUCAGUUUAUUAUCAGAUUCCAUAG